AUGUCACUGAUAUCGCCAAUAGAAACAAAGGAACAACAACCCCCCUUUGUUGAAAGCCAGAGAUCUUUGUUUUAUAUGCUCAUAUCGUCUUAUGUUUGCGCUAACAAAGAACACUAUAUCAAUGGGCGCUUCAUACGGAUGCUAAUUCUUAUAAUCAUAAAACGUUACAAAGCCCUCCCACAAAAGGAAGCGGAGGAUCCUAAGCUCCAAGUCAUUUCAUCAGGAUCGGUUGGAUAUGCUACGUCAGUUUCCGUCAUUUGGUCUCCAUUUGUUCUUAGUGGUUUCGUUAUCAAUUUGUUGUAUCGAUAUCGUGUAAUUGUUAAGUUCAUUGUUGUAUUAAUAAAUUUAUCGUAA